GGGCUCCCCUGCUUGGGUGUGUGCCUCUCUAGGCCAGAAAGGGAGAAGUAGGGCAUGUAGAUAGUAUGGUUUGUGGCCAAAGAGGGACAAUUGAAAAAAAAGGAACAGUUGAGCAAUAAUUGUUACAUCCUGAUAGAGCUAAAGCGGAAGAUUGCAUAGUUUAUGUGAGUUCACGGUAGAAUGAGAGGAGAAAUCGAGGAUUAAAUGCAUUAGAAGCACUGUCAGAGUGCCAGCAUUACACUGCACUUAAGAAAGAGAAAGAGCAAGUAACAGUGAGAGAGUGGCGUCUGAAAACAGCACAGAGGAGAGGCUGCUUCUAGUUUGCUCUAAGCUUGUUACUGAUCUUACUUGAAGGCUUCCUGUGUCAGCAACAUGGGAAAAUCAGCCUCAAAGCAGUUUGCUGAGGAGGUGCUGCGGUGCCACAACGACUACAGGAUGAAGCACCAGGCUCCACCACUAAAGUUGAGCAGCAAGUUGAGCAAAGAGGCUGCCCGUUAUGCUGAAAGUCUGGCCAGCACACGGAUCCUAAAACACAGUGUGGAGUCCAGUAGAGGGAGCUGUGGCGAAAACCUGGCUUGGGCCUCGUAUGACCAGACAGGUAAGGAUGUGGCAGACCGCUGGUAUGAUGAAGUGAAACAGUACAACUUCAACCGUCCCGGUUUCUCCUCUGGCACCGGCCAUUUCACAGCAAUGGUGUGGAAGAGCACUAAACAGCUGGGUGUCGGUAAGGCCAUUGCAUCAGAUGGUUCUUCCUUUGUGGUGGCCAGAUACUCCCCAGCAGGGAACAUCACCAACCAGGGACACUUUGAGAAUAAUGUCCUCCCAGCCAAAAGCAGCUCUUAAAGAGAUAUUGAUCUCUUGGCCUGACUCGGGCCAGAAAAGGCAUUUAUUCAGUUUUCCAGAAGAGAAGUUGCCUGCUUGAACUGCUGUGCAGAACACUGAGGUGAUAAUCACUUCUUGCUGUACUACAAUUUUGGAUGAAUUUUGAUGAUACAAAGCACUCAGGCUUUAAGUCCUAUGUUUAUAUUUUGGAAGGAUCUGUGUGUGUUCAUAAUGAAAGAUUUACCACUGUUUGAUGUUUGCUAACAGUACAUUUCCACUGACCAUGCCGACUGUUUAAUCUUGUUUUAUAGUUUUUUACCUAUGGCAUCAUUUUCCUUUUAAUACGAUCACAGACUGAAACAGACAUACUGUCCUUCACAUCUGCUUUUGUGUACGUGUGGGAGUUAAUUCAGUCAAAGGAACAGGCAAUACUCAUUAACAGUCAUUGCUUGUAAUUUGGUGAUUCAUCUGGAUCAGUGUGCAGGCUUUUUUUUUAACAAAGCACCCAGUAAAUGUCAAAUGUAGGUAGAUCACUCACACUAGCAAGUAGAUAUUUGUACUGAAAAUGUCAUGCAACAGAACACUGCACUUUAGUGUCAGUGACACAUAUACAUAGUAUUAUUUUCCCUUAUUUUUUGUAGUUGUAUUUAAGUUUUAAAUGAUUAACCAGUGAUCAGUCACUGUGUUCUUGCCUCUACUUGUCAAAACAGACCCAGCAAUUCCAUAUCUAUGCCUUGUAUUUUAACCACUUUUGUACAAUAAAAAAAAAAAAAAAAAUCAUUUGGCAUCUCUCUGGGAUUGUUUUUUUUCUUUUAUGGGACAUUGUUAUAUGUAAGAUGUGAGGGUGAAUUUUCAUUUUAGGUCACAUACACUUAAGAUUGCCUUCCGAAACAUUAAAACAAUUACUUGUAAUGUUUGUUUAAGAUACAACCUGUGGCCAAUUUAAUAAAGGUCAUCGAUAUACAA